UGGCAUGACUGGCUGCAUCGCAUUUCGUGUUUUGAAUUCUAGCAACAUCUAUGAGUAUUAUUUUUUAAUCCAGUACACCUUUUGGAUUGUCGGCUUUAAUGUACGCCCGAAAUACUCUUUGUUGCCACAAUAUCUUAAUCAGUUAAUUAUUCGUUUUCAAUGAGUGGUAUACAAUUCUUUUACUCAGUAGAAGCUUUGAAUAAUCCGUUAUUUUUCUCGAAUCGUCUGUGAGCAGUACUGUUCUAAGGGAUACGUCAGUCGAAAAUACAACCCUGACAAUAAUGAACCUGUUCCGUUAGGCCCUUAACUCCAAGUUGCCAACUUUUGAAUCCCAGGAAAGCUGCACCAUUACGUUGAUGUGUGGAAGGAAAUAGAAGGAGAAGGGAUAUCACUGGCCCUUGAAAGAUCAGGGGGUUUCCAGCUACACCGUUGGUGGAUGUAGGGGUAACCCAGAGGUAAACACUAAACCCUCUAUCCUAGAGGGUGUCUCGUCGUAGUCCACGCCAUUCAGCAGUUCUUCUCUUCCAAAUCGGCAGACAAACAUUCUAUCUUCAUCAUGGGGCAUGUCAUGGGAAAAUUAUCGGAUAUUUUGAGUGUAGACUGUAGAUUCCCAAUCAACGGUGACAGAGAAUCAAGGAUAUUAAUGCUGGGUCUAGAUGCAGCUGGAAAAACAACUAUAUUAUACCGAGUAAAGUUUAAUGAGGCUGUCACGACUAUACCAACAAUAGGAUUCAACGUCGAGACAGUGACACCGGUUCCUAAUGUUACAUUAUGUGUGUGGGAUGUUGGUGGACAACAAAAAGUACGAGCUUUAUGGCAACACUACUUCUGUGAAACACAUGGUCUGAUAUUUGUGGUGGACAGUGCAGAUAAAGCGAGAUUAUGGGAAGCGAGAGAUGAGCUUUUAAGGGCGCUAACAAAUCCAUACAUGACACCAGGUAUCCCAGUGCUUGUUCUAGCAAACAAACAAGAUCUCCCAGGUUCUUUAACAGCAUCAGAGAUAACCGAUAUAAUGGACUUAAAACGACUUUCCCCAAACCACCCCUGGUAUGUACAACCAACACAAGGAAACACUGGAGUAGGACUGCAUGAUGCUUUCAAGGUGCUAGCUAGGAUGGUGAAGCAAUUUCAUAAGGACUUGACAAAGGCAGAAUUGUUAAAUCGACACGAGAAUGGACCAGAUGCCACUGAGGUGUAGGUCAAGUUCACCAUCAUCAGAGAGAACUGCAAACCUUUGGAAGACUCUCGCCUGGAUCGUAGAUAGUGGAUCUGCGAUCGUGAGGAACAGAACUGCAAACACCGACAGUCUGCAAUAUGGAUGGCUUGUAGCGUCUUUGAGAGUCUUUGAGACAUGAGUGAUAUUUUAAACAAGUCACAGUGUACGAAAAAGUAAAGAAUUCAGGUUCAUAAAACCUAGGCAUGCUAUGAUGCUAGCUAAAAGAUUCCUUGGGUUUGACGCAAGCACUAGCAAUGAAAUGGUUUCCAUGGCUCUUGCAUUAUUGAUGUUGAAUGUUUAAUAGUCGGCAGCCGAGCAAUUGAUCUGGAACAAGCAUCAGACUGUAUACAGCAAUGAAGCUGAACAUGACAAUCCCUGAAGAGGAUAAAGUAUUUUGCAAUCAGAUGCAUUAGAACAACUGGACGUUUCCGUUUUAUGCAUUGAUGUGGCGAUCAAAACCAUUCCUGAAACAUACUUUGGAUUCGAAAAACAAAUAAUUGUCUACGCAUCCAAGUAGCAAACCUGGAAAAUAUAGAUGCAUAUAUAUUUCUGAUAAUCAACGAGUUUGUCAAGGUGAUAAAUCACAUUACUUAUCAGAGUUUAGCAUGCAAACACCAAGAAUUUGAAAUGUAACACAAGACUGUCAUGACUAACAUGAAAUUGAUCUUAAUUGUUUGUUAAUGUGAAAAUAAUGUAGAAAAUUGACAUUGUUCAUUGAGAAUUGUAUUCUCUGUUUUUGUUAGGCGAAAAUAAAUCAAAUGUACAAAAUUAAAGUCUGAAGAUUGUGAAGAGUGCAUAGGAAUUUGAACAUGGCAACGGAUCUUGAGAAUUAUAAGAUGAAACAGACAGUAUUGCCUAAAUACAAUAAAUGACAAGAAAAUGGAGAAUGGUAUGUUUUAUUAUCAUCAUGAUUGAAGAGGAAAUUUCAAAUUCACUGAUAGAGGCUUACCAGAAAAUUACACUCUUUGUGCAUUAUAUCAAUUCUGAGCAGUUAAAAAUGAAAUUAUGCAUUGACUCUAAAUAUUGCUUUGAAUCUUUAAGUGUUGUAUUUCUCUUGCAAAUUGUUCAGUGGCACACGAACAUAAUGAACCACACUAAGAGUUUCUUUAAACGAUGGGCAUUAUAAUGAUGUAGAUGUAACAGUCUCAUGAACACGUUUCAAAUUUCCGACAAUCAUCGUUAAACAAAAUAAAGAAUUU